ACUGUGCGGCUGUGGGAUGCAGCUACGGGGCAGCCAGUCGGCGAGCCCUUGCUGGGGCACACCAAACCGGUUUACUCAGUCUCGUUCUCGCCGGAUGGCGCUCGCAUCGUGACUGGUUCAGAUGAUUCCACUGUGCGGCUGUGGGAUGCAGCGACGAGGCAGCCAUUGCAAAAGUCCGCCGACACUUGGAUUAAUCACGCCAUUCGCUUCUCACCCAACUCUGCUCAUGCACUAUGCAACACUGCUGAGUUAAUGGAGGGAGCAUCCCACGAUGAUCGCAGUCCGACCCUCUUUCUCCUUCGUGACAGUGGAUGGAUGUUAGGACCCAACCAUCAGCUCUUGUUCUGGGUACCACCUGCUUCUCGACGCCUAUUUUAUACCCCUAGGGUUGAAUUAGUGAUACCUAGAGGGGGUCCAGAGCUUGAUUUGAGCCGCAUGGCACAUGGACAACACUGGCGAAAGUGCCACUGGCAAGAGGAGACUCGACAAUGAUGAUCCCAUUCCAGUAAUUGUUACAAUGUGGAGAUUUCAGAUACAACUUGAAUGUGAUACCGAGUGGAUAAUACUUCGUGUUCUAUUUUAUACCCAGCAUUCCGUCUGAGAUCA